AUGGCGAAUUUGGCGAUAUCCGAAGAGCCGGGACCAGCGGAAGUGGUUCAUGUCAAAUGCUCUGAACGGAUAGGAAAGGAGAAUCUACCAGGAUGCAUCCGGAAAGGUCUCGCUCGGCAUUAUGGACAGAGUUGCGUUUCCCUGGCUGGCAUCUUUUUGCUACUUCGAGGAGAAGCAGAUGUACACAUCGUUCCCGACUACCCGUCCGGUUCCUUCAAAACGAUGGAUGAGGUAGAGAGCUGGUUCAAUAUGUUCAAAGUGAAGGCACCGCUGGUUUGCGCCACAGUCUUUCAUUCAUAUGAUCCUGGAAACAACCUUCGGAUGGAACACACUCAUUGUUAUUCUGACCACAACGACGGGGGCCACUACCACACUGAUACCACCCCUGAGACGGUCGAAUCUGAAGGCGGCGCUUACACGGCCGGCGACGAAAAUCUACGAUCGAUCAGAAUCUAG